GGGGUCGAGAGCUCCGCCGGCGGAGCUCGACAAGAUUUCGUUGCUAUUUGGAUGAAUAACUUCGCGAGCUUUUAUCAUACGGACACAACAAAGACAUUGACAUAAACCUUAGAAUCGUGGCAUUCCAAUGUACCCAUUGACAAAAUAUAUGAAUUGUUUUAAGCUAUUUAAAAUGAGAUCAAACAGACCAUUGCCAUGUGCUAAGUCUUUCUCAUUAAUAUGUGAUGUUCGCUCGGCAGUAAGUACACCCAGACCACAUUCACAAGAUAAUGACAUGCUAAUUGCUAUCGAUGGCAGGGGAGGGGCGAUGCGUUUGAUGUGCGAGAGCGCCUACUGUAAACAAGGAUAAAAUGUCACACAGAAGCAUAGCCCACGUCUUCUCGGGCAAUCCUUACAUUUCAUUUCGGAAAAUGGCACGAAUGACUGGACUGGAUGUUCUUCAUGCUUUGUGGGAGAGCGACCAUGAAGACGCGAACUCAUCAGGUCCGGACACUGAAGCUGACACUGAUGAAGAACGGUGUCAUUUCGAACUGCGAACUGAUCCAGCUGAGGAUCAACUUCAUGAAGAUGCUGAUCAGGUAACACAGCCUAGUUUACCACCUGCUAAGAGGCGACGCAAGAGUGGCAAGAGGACACCAGUCAACAAGCAGCAAGCAGCUCAGCCAGCUCGGUCAUGGAAAACUGAGAAAUCUGCUGAUGUGGCCCCACCGGUGAUGCGUUUCCGUCCUGCGCGGCAACCUGGAGUGCAGCUGAGCUCGACAGAAGCCCACACUCCUCUGGAUUUGUUCAAACUAUUUUUCUCUACAGAUGCUGUCAGGACACUGUGCAAGAACACUAACGAGCAUGCUGCCAGGGCAAUAGCAAAAGGGAGGAAGUAUAAAUGGACUGACAUUGGGAUAGAGGAAUUCUACAGGUACAUUGGACUGAUUUUUUACAUGGCCAUGGUAAAGCUGGACCAAAUCAGAGAUUACUGGCGGCAAAGUAGCAUUUUCUCUGUCCCAUUCCCAGCAACCGUAAUGACAAGGGACAGAUACAGAACUAUUUGCUGGAAUGUACACAUGAGUGAUGCAGACAAGGACCAAGAAAAUGACAGGAAGCGGGGCACACCGCAGCAUGACAAACUCUUCCGGGUCAGACCUCUCAUGGACACAAUUCAGCAUGCCUGCAAAGCCUUCUAUCAUCCUCGCAGGAACCUUGCAGUGGAUGAAAGAAUGGUAGCAACCAAAGCAAAGACUGGUAUGACACAGUACAUGAAAGAAAAGCCGACAAAGUGGGGUUUCAAGUUGUUUGUGCUUUGUGACUCCAGCAAUGGAUACACUGUGGAUUUUGCUGUGUACACAGGAAAGAACAGCUUUCAGACAGGACAAGGACUUUCAUAUAACUCUGUGUCAUUCUGGAGUCAAAUUGUGUGUGUGAAGCAGAAAUAUUGGGUUUAUAUUGUGUAAAUGCUCUUUUAUAUUAUGCACUUUGCCUAAUAAAGUUGAUUCUGAUUCUGAAAUAA